AUGGCAGCAACCCAACGACACCAUGACGAAUGGUUUGAUGCGAACUUUAUCGACCAUAGACGUCGUGGUUCCUUCGGCCAUUCCACUUCAGUCGCGGACACUUUUCGUGCCGUCCACGACACGUUUGAGCAUGAGAAUAAAGUCGCCCGCGAAGAACGCGACCCUAACUUCAACGACAACGUGGCAAGUAACGCCGACAACGUGGCAAGUAACGCCGACAACUUUGACGGAAUGGAUUACCAGACAGCCGACGACGACGGAUUGAGCUCCGAUAACAUAACAGCGUACAUCAGUGUGUUAACCAAUUCGAGAAAUUACUUCUCGCUUGUCCCCGGAUACCUGUACCUACUCCCGUCGGCCAGUAACAACUUCAAGCAGUUGAAGUUUGGGGGGAAGGCUGUUCAUGUGUUCUGGAUCCUGCACACUUUUGCCGACAUGACAACGUGCGAACUCUACUACUGCACGACAUGCCGCGCCACGCGACGCUACAUGUCGACACGAAUGGUGUUUGCACAGGCUGCAACUUUCGAAAGCCGCAAUGAUUUCGAGCUACAAUGUGGGGAUUCGACCGAAUGUAUUCACUGCCUGAAGCAAUGCUCGACGGGCUCUCCCAAUACAUUGCGCAUCCGCUACUGGUUUGCGCAUGGGCAUGGCGUGGACAUUCCGUACUUGUUUUUGCAGUCGUCUAAUCGACACGAGGAUUGGGAGUCCGACUACCACGUGACGUGA